AGUGAAAGCGACUCUUGGCAAAAUUCAAAGAGGGGGGAGUGCUGUAACCAAAACAGGUAGCGCAGCAUUUAACUUCGGAUAAAUAACAACACUGUCGGAUAAUUCAGAGCAAAACCGAGUGCUAUUUCAGCCAGAACUGAGGUCCAUUUUGAAGUGUCAGUAUGAGUUCAAAGGGGGGUGGUACAGCCCUGACCCGACGAAAUUAUCGCCUGGCAUCAGACGCAGAUAAACCUAAAACCGCAGGUAUUGUGAAUGAGAAGCUGUUGAGUGACUACCUGCAUCAUGUCUUUCCUGCCUCCAGUAAACAGGCUCCAGCAUCAGCAACCUACAGAAAACCCUUGACGUUCCAGGACCUGGGCGCUCAUCUGGAGAAGCUUCUGUCCGAGGACGAGCCUGCUGAGGACAGUGCAGAUCAUACAGAAGGGCGACUCGGACCCUCUACCGUUGUCCUGGACCACACCAGCGGAUUCGAAGGCCUCUUAUUUGUAGAUGAUGAUCUUUUAGGAGUCAUUGGCCAUAGCAAUUUCAGUUCCAUAAGGGCUACAACCUGUGUAUUCAAAGGGAAAUGGAUGUACGAGGUGCUGAUCUCGUCACAAGGUUUGAUGCAGAUAGGAUGGUGCACGCUGAACUGCAGAUUCAACCAGGAGGAGGGAGUUGGAGAUACUCCGGACUCGUAUGCUUAUGACGGUAAUCGAGUCAGAAAAUGGAACGUCACAACCACCAACUACGGCAAAUCGUGGGCUGCUGGGGACAUCGUUAGCUGCAUGAUAGACCUCGAUGAAGGAACAAUCACUUUUUGUUUGAAUGGACAGUCCCUCGGUACAGCUUUCAGUAAUAUCAAGAUGGGUCCAGGGGUCGCCUACUUCCCUGCUAUCAGUCUUUCAUUCAAAGAGUCUGUGGCCUUUAACUUCGGCAGUCGCCCACUCAGGUAUCCUGUGGAAGGCUAUCAUCCCCUUCAGGACCCACCAACUGCUGACCUCAUCAAAGCCAAGAGGCUGCUGGGAUACAUGAAGAACGUGAUGUCCGCUAGCAUCGACACACAGGAUGAGAAGCUCAUUGAGAAGGACAUUGCAACCUGGCAGCUUCAAGGAGAGCCCACCGUCCUGGUCACGCUCGCACAUAUCUUCAAUUAUUUCGCUCCUCUCAUGUGUAAAGUGUACCUGGUAGAAGAUGUCCUGAUGAGUUUCCUGCUGGGUAUCCUAGAGGGCGGCGGCUCUGUGGAUGAACAUCCCCUGAUCCAGCAGCUCCUCGAUCUCUUCUGGCUGCUCAUGGAGGACUUUGAGGUGAACGAGUGCCUGAAGCAGUUGAUGAUGUCCUUGCUCAGGGCAUACCGAUUCUCUCCCAUCAUCCCUGACCUCGGCUUCCAGAUUCACUAUCUGCGCUUGACAUCUGCCAUUUUGCGGCAUGAAAAGUCUAGAAAGUACCUCCUGAGCAACGUAUUAUUUGACGUGCUGCGCUCGGUAGUUUUCUUCUACAUCAAGACUCCUCUGAGGGUGAAGGAAGCCGGCUUGGAGGAGCUCAUCCCCACCACAUGGUGGCCAACACACUUCGACAAAGAGGGUAAGGACGAGAAGGACCCGAGACACGAGAGUGCAGAGGAGAGACUCAGGCGGCGAGCAUACGAGCGAGGCUGUCAGAGACUCAAAAAGAGGAUUGAGGUGGUGGAGGUGCUGCAGGUUCAGAUCCUGAGGCUGAUGCUAAAUAACAAGGACAAAGGGACGGGCGAAGCCUCAAGAUACAUCUUCCUCAACAAGUUCCGCAAGUUCCUGCAGGAGAACGCAAGCAACCGAGGGAACCCGACGGUGUUGUGCCCUCCGGAGUACAUGGUGUGCUUCAUGCAUCGGCUCAUAACGGCAGUCAGGAGCUACUGGGACGAAGGAAAGCGCAUGAGGCCAGGAGCCAUUAGCAGCGAAGACGCCUACGUCCCCCCGCAGCUUUUCUACAACGGGAAGGUGGACUACUUCGACCUGCAGAGGCUCGGAGGGCUGCUUUCUCAUCUCAAGAAAACGCUAAAAGACGACCUGGCGGCUAAAGCCAACAUCAUUAUCGACCCUGCGGAGAUCCAGACCGUGUCUAUGGAUGAUCUGGACGAGGAUGAUGAAAGUGGAGCUGCUCAGCGGCCAUCUGGUGCAACAGCGAUGGGAGGCGCUCUGGCCAGGCCGAGCUGGCUGAGUUCUCCUACUCUGGGCCGAGCCAACCGUUUCCUCAGUACGGCCGCAGUCAGCCUCAUGACCCCACGGAGACCUUUGGCCCCGCCCGAAAAGGUCAAAGUGCGCACUCUGCCUGUGGAACAGAGGACGGAGGAGGACAUCGAGGGAAGCCAUGGUAACGAUGGGCUGUUGCUGGGGCGACCGUUGGAAGAGCCCGAGCAGCCAAUCACAGAGAAGUCCCUGCUGGAGAUCCUGGAUGGGAUCGUGAUGAUGUACAACCUGAGUGUUCAUCAGCAGCUGGGCAAGAUGGUGGUCGUGUCGGAUGAUGUGCACGAGUACGCCGUCGCUCUGAAAGACACGGAAGAGAAGAUAGCACGAUGUCCAGCUAGAAGAGCAGACAUUUUGGAAGAGCUGCAAAAGAGCCAGAAGGUGUUUGCCGAGAAGCUCAACCACCUGAGCCGCAGGUUGGCCUGGAUCAACGCCACCAUUUACUCCAAGGAGAAGAUGCUGGAUGUUUACUGGCUCUUGCGUGUGUGCAUCCGCACCAUCGAGCACGCCGACAACACGGGCUCUUUGUUUGCCUUCACCCCUGAGUUCUACCUCAACGUGGCCAUGAAUAGCUACAGUGCCCUUAAGAACUACUUCAGCCCUUCCAACAGCAUGGAGGAGCUCCCAGGUUACGAGGACACGCUCACUCAGCUUGCCGCUAUCCUCGCUAAGCACUUUGCAGACCCGCGCAUCGUGGGCACAGAUAUUAAAGAUUCACUGAUGCAGGCUCUGGCCAGUUACGUGUGCUACCCACAUUCACUCAGAGCUGUGGAGAGGAUCCCUGAGGAGCAGCGGGUGGCUAUGAUGAGGAACCUGUUGGCACCGUAUGAACAGCGACCGUGGGCUCAGACUAACUGGAUCCUCGUCCGCUUGUGGAGGGGUUGUGGGUUUGGCUACAGGUACACACGGCUGCCUCACCUGCUCAAAACCAAACCCGAGGAUGCCAACCUGCCCAGCCUGCAGAAGCCUUGUCCAUCACUUCUGCUCCAAAGGCAUAUGGCGGAGCUCCUGAAUCAGGAUAAAGAGAUGGCUGCUAGCUUCCUCAACAGCGUCCUCAACCAACUCAACUGGGCCUUCUCGGAGUUCAUAGGCAUGAUCCAGGAGAUCCAGCAGGCAGCAGAGCGUCCAGAGCGCAACUUUGUGGACACGAGGCAGCUGAAAGUGUGUGCCACGUGCUUCGACCUGUCUGUCAGUCUGCUGCGAGUGCUAGAAAUGACCGUCACCCUGGUACCCGAGAUCUUCCUUGACUGGAGCCGACCCUCAGCCGAGCUUCUGCUCCGUCGCUUGGCACAGCUCCUGAACCAGGUGCUGAAUCGAGUGACGGCUGAGAGAAACCUCUUCGACCGCGUAGUCAACCUUCGCCUGCCAGGGCUGGAGAGCGUGGAUCAUUACCCCAUACUGGUUGCAGUUACAGGAAUCCUGGUGCGAGUCCUGGUCGACUCUGAGAGACAGGGGAUCGCUCAGGCCGCCUCGGUGCUGCUGUCAGACCCGUGUUUCCAGCUUCACUCCAUCCAGCACCUGCUGGGACGUGGAGAGGCCAGUGCUGGAGCAGAUCACAAAAACUUCUCACUACACUCUUAUACGGACUACAUCACUGCAGAAGAAGCGCAGAAGGUGGAAAAGAUGCUGGCUUUCCUGACCGAGGAGUCCAAGCAGGCUGCAGCCACAACAGCGCCCACCAGCGAAGACGACCUGUGUCCCAUCUGCUAUGCACACUCCAUAUCAGCCAUCUUCAAGCCCUGCUCCCAUAAAUCCUGCAAAGCCUGCAUCAAUCAACAUUUGAUGAAUAAUAAGGACUGUUUCUUCUGCAAGGCCACGAUCACUGGAGUGGAAGAUUACAGCAAACCUGCUGGCUCUUAGCAUGCCCUUUAAAUGUGCACACACCUAAACACACACACACACGCAUGCUCAUUGAAACACACUGAAAUUCAGCAUCGCUUACCUCUCCAAAGACUGUUCAUGAACACGCUCUUAUGUACAUUAUACAACUCUACAGAACAGUAACACACUCAACAUUUAUUAACACUGGACUGUGACUUUAAGACACAGCACUCGCCAUGGCACUGUUUCAGCCCGUGCCAGCUGGUAGAGGUCUGGCUCCAAAUCAUAAAACAUAGCCGGCUGACAGAGGGACGAACGGCGAGAGACAUUUUAUAAUCUCUUUCAUCCGUCUUCCCUCUGGUCACCGCUGGCAACCGCAUUAUAUCUGCAUCCAUAUGCCAUAGAUAUCGAUCAGGACCAAUGCAGGUGCUCGCCAGCGUCCCUCCCAAGAUCCCCUCUCUGAUCUUGAUGACAUUUUUAUAUUCGAAUACUGACAGCCAUAUUUGAAGUGGCAUUCAAUUCCUGAUAGAUUCUAGAGAGAGAGAGAGAGAGGUGUCUCCAUGAUUGGUCACUUGAUCACUUGGUUAAUCAGUUCAUAACAGCUUUAUUAACAUUUUAUACAGCAUUAAAGGAGUACUCUGAUGUUUUUUGUUUUGUUUUUUCCAUCGCUCAAUUCCUGUUUGCUGAUAACGGACAGUAAUUUCUAAACGUUUUCAGGUACUGAGAAAAAAAUUGCAAAUCUUGAAUCAGAUACGUCAUAUCAGUCGAAGGGGCAGUCAUGAAUAACUGCUUUAUAUAUCAUUUUAAGUAUCAUUAAACACCCAUGAUAAAAACAUUAGUCGAUGAAGUUAGGAUGUGACAUAAAUAAGAGAAUUUAUUAAAAUAUUACCCGGAGAGAAAUUUAUAAACCAUAUAUAAUUAAUAUAAACCAGUUUAAAUUUUAAUACUAUGUGAUUUUUUUCUUUUUUUAUUAAUUAAUUAAUUUUUUUUAGCGCGAGUUUUUCACCUUAUUCACAGUAGGAAAUAAGGCAUCUCAUGUCUCGUCUCCUUAAGAGCAUACAUUACAAUAAAAUAUGUAUAAAAAAACUUUUUAUAUCCAUGACAACCGCCCUCAGACUUUUACCAUUAUAGGUAAGUUUUUCCAUUAUAAGAAAGAAAUCUGGUGCUUCGUUCUUUUCCCAGUACAUGGAAAAUGUAAUGAAGUUAAUGUCCACACACUAGAGCUACUGUAGCUUGCUCACCAGAGUAUUCCUUUAAUCAGAUAUACUGUAUAGACAGAUCUGCAGUUUCAGGUUUUCACUUAUAAAAGAAUAUAUAAGUUGCACUCACUGGGUUUGUGAUAACACUUUUAAAGAUAAUUCAGGUCAUUUGAACGUCUAAACUAGGCAGUAUUCGCCGACGGUUUUUGUUUUUUUUCUGCGGUGUCUGAUUCCAACCCUUCUGUUGUCUGUUCUUUCACACCUGUUUGUCAUAAGCUAAAUGUCAGGCUUUAUCCCGUUCUCCAGGCGCUGCUCUUUCUCUUUGCCCUCUGAGCAGCUGUGGUGUUUUUCCACCCAGGAUGACGUCCUACGUGUCUCUUCUAACGUUCUAGGAGUGUAAUGAGAACUAACGUUGUAUCAUAAAAUCCCCUUUUUUCCGUAUUGCUAUUUGAAUGAAUGUUUUGAUGUCGAUCAAGUUAACCAUUUAAGGUGAAAUAACACGGACCUACAGAAAAAUGUUGCCCUAAUCCUCAUACAACACACUGACUAUCUGUCGACUUUUUCCCAGCUCUCUUUAAUCAAGAUUAGGGCAAUACACUUAGGAAAUUUUUAUUCAUGCAGUUAGAUAGAAACUUUCCAGAUGCUCCUCACUGCAGAACGUCAAAUCCAGUGAGUUUAUCCAUCUUCAUCUAUCUUUAAUCACAACAAGAGCACAUUUGUGGAGGCUACACCUCAGUUAGCACCAACACAUAAUGUCUGAUACACAAGCUCCAGGAUCUUUUCUUACUAUAUGCUGAAUACGUGCUUCCAGUUUCUGACAGGAAACUUUCACAAACCUUUAAACAUUGUGAUGACAUUCGCUUGGAGGAAGAUUAAGGUACUUGACUGAAAAGUAAUGCUCAGACGAUGCUAUUUGUUUUAGUUGCAGCGGAGAGUGACAAGGCCAGUUGCCUCAUGCUGUAACAAAAGGCAGUUCCUAGCCAUUUUUAGUCAAAACGCAGCAGACUGUUCACUGACAGAUGAGAUUUUGAACCAGUUACUUGUUGAUUCACGUUUCUAGCCAAAUUAGCGAUAGCUAUCCGACGAACCAAGUCCCUAAACUAGCCUACAUUUAAACUAAACUCUUUCUAAAUGAAUAGCUUCUCUAAUGUUAGCCGCUAUCCAGAUGCUACACAGUAAACUACUAAGCAUGCAUGCUAGCAUUAAUCUAGCUAUUUUGUACUCUAUCAAUAAUAGAUUUUAGGAUUUCUAGUUAAUCCUCUAAUAUGAGACUAUUAUUAUUUAUUUUUGGAGGAUUGUUGGAGGAAAGUGUCAGAUUCCCUUCAGUUAGUUCCAUACUGUCACUUUAACAAAUAUUUGCUAGAUAUUUGACAGACUGUUUCUCUGAUGCUUAAGUAAGAGAUGCGACUAGAACGAUUCAGACAUGUAUGGAUUGUACUAGCCAAGGUGGAGUAAUGUAACUAUUACUGGGGUAUCUCUGGGAUUUUUACCUGUCGUGUCAGUACUUCAUUAUGGACAGCAUGUGCAUGUGUAUUUAAUGAUUACGCCUUAUUUUACAUUCUAUAAAAUGACCAGUUGUAUACAGGUUAUAAUAGUGUUUCCCUCCUUGGCAGAUUAUACACUAUAUUG